AUGGCAGAUUGCUGCGUAAGCAAUAUGUACCCCUUCCAUGGUUUCCGAACAAUCGUACGAAUGCAAUCAUGAUUCAUGGAGAACAUACAUAAUGAUUAAUUAAUUUUACUUUUUUAAAUGGAAAAUUGAGCAUUUUUCAAUGUUUGCCAUUAAGUAAAGUAGCCAAUCCGAUUUUCAAAUCUCUGAUAGGAGUUUUUUUGAUCCUUAAAUUUAAACAUUUGGCCAAUUACUCUAUCCCUCCCGUUUAGUUAUUGCCAUUCAUCAAGUUUGCGACAUUAUUUAUACCUAGUGCUACACUAUGACUAUUCGAAGAUCUUUUUGUAGAGAUGUGUCGCGCCACAUAAAUCUGCCUCGGAGAACAAGCAAAGCACAUUUUUAAAGACCUUAGGGGCAGUAGACAAGAUGAUGUGAAAAUGUGCACGUAUUUGUAAAAUGUUUUCAAGGGAAAAGUACACUCUUUACGUACGGCGCUUAGCAAAGGCGUACCUGUCUACGAAUAUAAAGUUAAAUUUUUAUUCGUUUUUUCUUUAAAUGACAUUCGAAUUUUUGCGAACACCGGACCUCAGUAUACACAUGCAUAAUUUCCUCAAAUGUCUGGAAAUAACGUCGUUUAACGUCCAGCAUGUUUUCCCUUCGAAAUUCGUUCAGGGUUAUCUUUUUGACUGCCAAAUUCUACAACUAUUUAUACUAGGCCUGAUAGAAUUUUGUCGAGAACGUUCGGCAAUACUGUCCGAACAACUUUGGGACUGUAUUCUAUGCUAAUUAGUGUUGUAAGCUAGAUUAACUAAUUUGUUAUUUCAGCGUCGUGCAUAAGUAUUUCAGUUAAAGUCUUAUAACUUGCGGAGCCUAUUGUAUUCACCGGAUCAUUGGAUUUUCACAGCCGAAGACUGACAUGUGUGCACAUUUCAGACUGUUUUUGUUAAUUUGCGCUACUAUUUUUAGUUUGCACCUGUUCGCAUACUUAGAUUCGGCUUGACGUAAAAAUAUUACGUCUUUGGAUAGUUGUCGACGCGGAAAUCGGAUAUUCCAUGAAUCAGCAUACAGUGACACAAUCGCAAAAUUAGGCGCGCAUGCGUACGUUUACUCAGGACUCGACUUCAUAAUAAACACUGCAGGAACUUGAGGUGGCUAAGGUGUUCCUGCAGAAAAUCGUUGCGCUAAUUCGUCGCAGGCAAAAUAUUUAUUUAAAAUACUGGGCUAGCAAACCAAAAUAGCCUUUUGACUGGUAACCUUACGUCUUCUACCUGCAAACUCCACAGGCAUCCAAGCAAAGGCAGGAAACAUUUUACAAUUGUUGCCUUGGUUUUUGCAGACCUUCGUAAUUGAACUUGAAUCCUCCCAAUCUGCGUUCUUCGCUCUCUAUCGCCAAUCUACUGUGAUCGCGCAGCUUGAGCUGCCGGCAAGUGUUACUCCUUGUUUAUGCAUUUUGAUCCGCAAAAAUUGGAAUUGGUUCGCAUGCUGAUUUAAACGCAACCUUUGCAGUCUCCACAUUUCCAAGGAUAAUAAACACAUUCGUAGGCACAUCGGACGUCUUCGACUGAUGCGUAUAUUUUCAACACUAAGAGAAUUGGGCUUUAAAACCGAUGUCAACUGUCCACUUGAAAUCUUCGCACAACGUAGUUCUAAUUAACUGACUGUAACUUGUUGAAAUUUAAAAUAACUAAACCACAAGUUUUGCAUGUCAGCAUAAGGCAGUUGCAGACCGUAAAAAAAUCCUAGUAUGUUUUUUGUACUUAGUUCGCAAACGUCUAACAAAUGUGGGAAUUUCUGUCAGUAACUAAUCCGCCCUUGUUAAUUUUUGACGCAUAACCGCUGCUACCGUUCUUCCAACCUUUCUGAUGCAAUUCCGUUUUGGCAGUUUCCCUUCUUGCCAACAUAAUCCUGUUACAUCUGUUUCUACUACGCAGAGAUCAAAUUCAUCCGCCAGCAUCCCCUGCAGGACAGUUAUAAUAUUCACUUUUUGCACUCUGAGAAUGUCAGUAAGACAGUGUUUUGUUAACGCGAAAAACAUGAAUACGAGGGCCAGUUGUUAAUGGCUCCGUGCAAGAAGUAGGUAGGAUUAGUUGUUGCUCACACCGGUUAUUUACUAGCCGAUAGUCUACAGGUGUCACACCAAAUAAUUUAAAAGCUCUGACAAAAAACAAAAAGAGAUACAGCACAUAGACAGACAGGCCUUCUUCGUCUUAAGAUUUUCUUCUGAGUGGGACACAUUAAAUAGAGAAUUAUCACAGACAAUAUGUUUUAAUUCCACUCGGAUAAUAGCGUUUAUUCAAAAGGUAGAUCAUACUUAUCAGAGAAUAUUAAUUUUAUUGUCACUUUUAUUAAUGUCCCUACCGGUAAUCGUACGACCAUUGUUGUUAUUAUAAGAUCCACCAUAAGGACGACGAUGACGUGAGCCGUCCCUCUUCCGAAUAGGGCGUCGUGGCCGCUUGCGUCGAAAAUCGCCUAUUAUAGAGGGAGGGCGGAUUCGUUUCAUAUCCAAAUCUCUUUCUCAUCCCGCAAAACAGCGGUGCGUAUUGCUACCUGUUAAAGGGAUGGCUGAGUGAAAGUUCAUGUUGGUCCCCCUCCCUAGUAGGAGAAUCGGUCUAGCGAUUUGAUAAUGACAGUAGGCUUAAGGUAGGUGUAUUGAACAUUCGGUGCGGACUGGCGCACUACUGCCUACUUCUACAGCUCGAUUUUUAAUAUCAAGUUGGCGCUUUCUUAGGCGAAUAGACCGAGAUCUUGUCACAUACCUGCUGAAUUUUUGUUGCUCAGUCUACGGUCGUCGGCUAAGAGGUCAUGUCCUUUGACAUUUUAAGUGUAUGCAGAUCGUUUUUUACCGAUUCGGCAAUUGACGUCGAUUUAAAGUCGUUCACCACGAUAGGCAUCCAUCAAUACUGCGACGACAUUAGGACUGAAGUGGGUUUUACCUCGUUUAGCACAAGGGACCUCUCAUGCUGGCCCAUCGUACGUAACAUGUCCUGCCACGUGGUUAAUGUAAAUUGUUCGAGACAUCCAAAUCAAUUUCUUUCUAUAACCCCUGUUCACAAUUACCACCAUUAUCAUCAUUACCAUCACCACCUUCAUAACCACCAUCAAACUGCUGCUACUGAUACUACUACUGCCUAGACUGACAGAUGUAAAAGUAUAUGACCAUCACAGUUUGUACGAUAACAUUACGCUGGAGAGAGGUAUUACCUUUUUCCAAGCUUAUGCUGGUUUUUCAUAUUUGAUUUUCAGCUAGAUAUUGACCAGUUGGCCCAAUACUCGGAAACUUGGCAUACUGUUCGUAGUUUCGAUUCGCCUCCAAAAACGGUUUGUUGUUUGUGUUGCAUUUUAUCUCUUCUUACGGCGCGCCGCCUGUUGCUUUCACAGCAAGGCUUUUCCAGCAAUAUAUCUGCUGUUACUUGUUCAUUGUUUGAUUUUUACGCUCUCCAUUUCUCGGAAGUUUGUUUGGUAUGAUUUACCAGGAUCCCUCACUUUCAUACAAAAUUUAUGACAAACAGCAUUGGCAGUGACUAUGGCACCAGCACGUAACGAUAGUUAGUGUAACAAUUUGAUGCGGAUUCCAGGCUUCGUAUAUCACUAACUUUGGCGCAGGUUUGUUGACUAAGACAUUUAAAGGCCCAUACCAUUCAUGCACCUUUUGGGUUUGCGAAGUUCAUUUUAGUUCUAUACAGUAGUAACGCGAAUGGAUAUUUCCUAUCUUUUUCUGAGGAGCAGUAUUAAUCCGCUAGACCUUUAAACUAACGCCAGAAUUCCUUGUCCAGUAAUUUCGCAAAUCAAUGUUGAAUCUUACUAACGUGAUCGAUGGGUUUUCGGUCCAUUCCUGCAGUCCUGGGCAACUAGUACGUCGGAAGGAAGUCUUAUUUACUCAGGCUGAAAAAGCGGAAGUAGAGUGUCUGCAUUGUGUUCUACCUUAAGCUUUUCUAACACAAAUUCUCUCACUGUCAGAUUAAAAUGAAGUUGUCCCUCUCCUUCACGGAACGAAAUCGGGCUUUUGUUCUGUCUACUUCUUUGGAGAAUUCGGACAUAUUUGGCCAACCUCUGGUCGAAGUCUUAAAGUAAGUUAGCAUCGCAUACCACACUUGUUUGAUGUCUGCACUUAACCAUUCAUUGUAUAAUUAUGCUAGGCCUACAUUAAAAAUAGUUAAUAUAACUCUAACAGAGUGGGUAAUCCAGCAUAAGCUUACAUUUAGGCGUCCCUACAUGUACAUGCUGCCCUUAGAGUCCACACGAAGCAUACUAUUUUCGCGCAUUCCUGGGACUCAGUGAGCUUGUAUUUUUCCGAAUUUCCAAGCUCCCCAUUUAGGCCCGAAUCAUAAAUGCCUUCAGCUUUAGUGGCCUAUGAUACGUGACUGCUAAUCAAAGCCUAGUUUAUCCGUCUUUUUAUUUAAAGUUUUCAAACAUCGGCUAACAAGUGUCCAUCAUAGGCCGUCAGGCAUUUCGUCCAUUAUUUCAGCCUUUUUGCAAAGAACUUAGUUUAUGGUGCAACUUACGUCUGAAAACAUGUUCAGUGAAAUUAACCUGAAGGUUUUUACUACUGGUAAACUUAUGUUACGGUGUGUUUAACUAAGCUUCUGCUUUUAGGAGGGAUCAGCUCCGCUCAGAGAGACUACAUAAAAUCGCUUCCUCAGGUCGGGUAGAGAAGAUAACGGGAAGGGCUGAGGCUCUGGCUCCCAACGGUGUACAUGUUCCAGUCAUCGUCAGUACUUGUGCCGAGGAAAUUGAGCGAAGAGGUCUGGCAGAAGAGGGUAUCUAUCGAAUCUGUGGAAGUUUAUCCUCCGUCAAUUACCUUAAGGAACAGUUUAAUCGAGGUGCGUCUUCGAAUACUGGGAAACUUUAGACCGAGUUUUGUUUUUUCCUUUGGAGAAAGUGGAUAUAUUUCAUGCUUAUGCCAGACAAAGUAAAAUGACCCGAAGCAUCUAAAACAACCCCUUUUAUACUUUUGACUGUGUUGCUUCUCUAAUGAAUCUUGAUUUCAGUAGUUAUGCCAUUUGGACUUGCUUUAUUCAACAUCUACUAAAAAAAAUCCAUAUUACCGCUGCCUUCAGAUUGUUAAGGGGUUCUGAAUUCCGGAUUUGUAACGCUCAUUGCUUAAAAAAUUUACAAACUACCUUGUUUCCCCUAGGCAGUUGUCGAAGACUUGUUUCAACGGGUUAUUCGGAGAUAUUUGUUGCUUCUUUUUAGCUUAGCGACUGCAAUUAUCACUAGCUUGUUAUUGAUUUUGUUCCAGCCUGCUUUAUGCACUAUUUUAGGGUGAGUAUCACAAAUGAGGAGACGGAAUUCACUAUAGUAAACGAGUUUUCUCAGUUUUUCUCGUAUGCGACGCCGUAACUCGAACCGGCUCACCCAGCAAACCGCUCCUAGUGUAUUCUUGCCGCCGUUUUAACAAACAUUCCUACCAACAGUUAACGCAACUUUGAAGCUGUCAGGCUAAACAGCCAUUAUGAUUAUUCCAAUUCUUGUGCGUAAGAAAGCCCAACUUAUUUAUUUGUACGACUGAGGCAAAAUCUGUGAAAUAGGAAUAUGUGAAAGUUUAUUUAGUUUUCCUGUGAUAGUACUUCGCUCUCCGAUAUUUUACAAAUCCAGCGCUUUCAGAAGUCUUAUUGCCUGUGUCUUCAGGAUAUUUGGCUUUGUUUUGCAUCUGUUAUAUUUGCCAAACCAAAUUGGCAAACAACUUCUAAAGUUCUCGAUUUACAUUUAGACGUGGACACGGCCGUAAAGCAACUGGCGGACUACGACGUCCACGUUCUAUCAAGCCUCCUUAAGGCCUUCUUCCGUGAACUUCCAGAACCGCUGAUAACUUCGACCGAAUUCAUUGCCUUUGUUAAUGCACUAGGCAAGUUUUCACCAUCCUGCCAAUCCUGACAUCUCUGUUUCCCUUCUGCGAGCGAAAAACCGUCAAAUUAUAUUUAGGUCCGGAUGCAUAAACGGUUCAGUUUAAAAACAAAAAAUUGUAGCAAAUGCGACCAUGGAGCAUCCUCUUCACGACGGAUCAUUUUCUUAAGGGUAGUUUUCCUAAGUUAUUAACUUGUGAAGGCACCGUUAGUGAAGACAGCAAUAACUGCAGUGCUGUGACGUCAAAAUCAGUGUGCGCAAAAUAUUUCCUCGGGUAGCAUUAUGCUUGAGUACGUCGAUGUGAAUUUUUCGCAAGUACUGUUAUAACAUAAGCCAUCAAUGAUUUUCCACUGCGCACACCACUUCGUAUUUGUAGUUAUUUUUUUGUUUCGUCUGCGAAAUUUCGAAACCUUAAUAUUUUGGUUGUCAUCGGAUUGUUGCAACGCAAGCUCCAUACAUUAAACAUAGUCUCACGUGUGAAGUUUAAUGACGAGCUUGUCGUCUUUUUAAUUCUGCAGAUGUCGUGGACAUCAAUGAAAGAAUCAAAAUGUUGAAUCAUGCCCUCGCCUCUCUACCGAAACCACGGAGGGAUACACUUCAGUACCUUCUGCGUCAUUUGAUUCGGUAAUCCCCCCUUAGUAUCAUAACCAUGUAUUCCAUCAUCGAAAUCACACAUAAGAUAUACCUAAUAAAAGGAAAUCUCGAGUCAUUUUUAACAUGCAUAAUAUUUAGGAUGAGCUUUUCUGCACCGAAAGCUCGCAGCAAUAUCUCGUAUUCGUGCCGGCAGAUAGUAGAAUGUCGAAAGACUAUAAAAAAGUAUUUGGAAACACAACGAAACCUUUCAGACUAUUUUAUAUGGUACGGAAGGUUAACUUACUCCCUGAAACAAAACUACCAGUGUUGUAGUUCCCGAAGUACCACUGCGCAGAAUUAAUCUAGACAGUUCGACCAUCGUUGCCGACGGUGCCUACUGUGUGCUUCACACCUGGUAAGAGUAGUGAUAGUGAUUUUUAUGAGUUACAGUGAUGGUAGACCUGCACCGCAUCUAUCGCACUCCCCUCUUGACCUGAAGAUUGGGGCAGGAGAGGGCGCAGGUGGCUGGCACGAAUAAAAUUCGCACCUGGGACUAUUAAUACAUUCCGUGGUCCACAUCGUACACUGACCAGAAUCUUAUAUCAUAAGAACAAAGGAGGCCGGAUUAAAUCCCAAUUGGUACAGCGUACGCCCGCAAUUAGGCCUGCAUUGGACUUCGAUCAUGUCUCCUGUUGGUUCAGAGCAUCAAUCUCAUGGGCCGUUUUAGGGACACAAAAGUCAAUACUAACGUAAAAUAAAACAGAACAGCAGCUUUUCCUUAGCAUUUUCACACCGAUGUCACAAAAUGGAUUCGGAUAAGCCUGCUGUCUUGUAGAUUAUUUUUUGCCCCCAUUGUCGCUUAAGCCAGGAGUAUGUUUCCCCAGUGUGCUUUGGACCUAACUUAGGCCGACAAUAUGGAACAAGUUGUUCCGUAGUUUACAUGGGCCUAUAGAGCCAGGAUGCUGUGCAAUUAGAACGCGAAUUAAAAUAGCAGUUUACUCUUCGAUAUACUUCUGGAGCAAUUUACGAUGGGCUUAGCCCGAUGUUUUUUAGCUUUUAUUCCCUUUAAACUGGGUGCACAGACGCAGUUUACUGCACUCAGUGUUAGUUAAACAGUGCGUAGCACAUGAAAGUUUUAAAUGCUGAACAAAGUACAAGGUUGUGGAUUACAAGAGAGUCCGUCAACAAAGUGUGACGAAGACUUGCUCUGCGAUUGGCUAGAGUUAAACACCUGAAACGUUAGAACGAUAGCAAGCUAACAGCUGAUGCCAGUUUGCUUUGAAUUCGACUACGCGAUUUCUGGUUGUAGACGUUGAGUUUGUAGUUAUCUACCAAAUUGUACAUUUGGUUUAUUCAAUGUUUUUACAUGAGUCAUCUGUUUCCCGGACAAUCUGAAGAAAUCCGUAUUUAUGGCGGAGCUCAUUGGUUAAAAGGCAUAGCUAAGCUUUCUUUGACUUUCUUACAAGCGAAGUCCCCUUGUUUGGGGACACUUUACGUAGUUAUCCAUCUCGUACUGAGGGAAAGUUUGAUUUCACUUAUAAAAUUAAAACCCGACCCAGACGUUGCUGGUUGGUCAAGGCUUUCCUCACCGGCGUACUUAUAAACAGAAACCGAAGUUAUUCAAAUUAUUUUAAAGUCCCACUGGGACAGGUUAGUUUAAAAUAUCCUAAAUUGCCUGUUAUUUCGAAUUUAGUGUCGGGGAACAUGAAUCGUCCAAUAAGAUGGGCCUGAGCAAUUUGGCCCUGAUAUGGGCAAUGACAUUAUUCCAGCCGCCUACUGGGGUGACGGAGGCUGAAAGUUCGUUUGCGACGCCGAAUGUCACAUCCAUUGCCUCCCUGGGCGCCAUGCAAACACGGCUACUUCAUCAACUACUCAAGUCGACCGAGGAAGGCUCAUUGUCUGUAGACUCCACCGAUUUUUAA